AUUCAAAGAGUAGAAGAAAUAAAUUACUUUACUUCAAUAGGGCAAGCAAGCAUUUCUUCAGCAAAAUUAAGAUAAAAUUAGCCAAACUAACAUUCAUUACUUUUUAAUUUAGAAGGCAAGUUGAAAGAAAUAAAUCCUGGUUAAAUGAGCCAGAAAGUACCUUAAAGAUAGUUCGAAUACUAGCAAUAAUUUUUUGAAUAUCAACCCAUAGCUUAUCCUUAGAUGCAAAUGCAAGCUAAUCUGAAUUUAAAAAAUUAGAAUGAUGAAUAAUUUAACAAAAAUAGUUUAUCUUAGCCUAGUCAAGCUAUGCAAAAGGAUUUAAAUUCCAGCUUAAUGAAGAAAGUUGCUCACAAUAGCAAUAAUUUUGUUAAUUCUUGUGUAUCAUCUAUUAAUGGUAUUAAUGGAGGAGUCACAAAUAGCAACAAUUAUAUUCACGAAUAGGUGUAAUUUACUCAUUCUCAGGCUGAGAAUUCUUCUUAGAAUGGCUGUUUUGGGAGUAUUUAAGGAUUGUAAGCAGUUGCUACAGUUUCUGAUGAUUAAAAUGUUGUUGUAAAUAAUUAAAGCUAUUGCAACAAUCCACAUAGCUUCUUUUAAAAUAACGAAAGCACUUAUAGCGCUAACUCCAAAUCUUUGGAGGUUUCAAAUUAUCACUACAGAAAUGGACAAGUAAAUGAUCAGAAUAGAAUAGAGUUUAAAUAUGCAUAGUAAUAGGAGCGCUAAGAUUAUAAUUUCAUUCCUGUAACAUAUACAUAUUAGCCUAGCUUUGAUGAAAAAGGUUAAUAGUCGAACAUACAGUAACAGUAGUAAUAACAAGAUAUAAAAGUAAACGAGGAAUAGAAAUUUCAUUCAAAAAAUUAUGAUAGCAUUUUAGAAAACUUGGGGAGAAAAAUAGAAAACAUAGCUAAAAUUGCUAAGGAGAGCGAGAAGCAUGACAUUGAAAUAAAAAAAUAUAUUAGCAACGAAAACUCUAUUGAUUAUAUGCUUACUUCGCCUAGCAACAAUACAAAGAGAUAAAGCAAAGGCAAUAACAAUUUAUAAACUUUUAAUAACAGCGAUAGUAAAGAUUUUUAAGAUAUACUAUUGUAAGACACAGAUAAUAAAAAUAACUUACUUACAAAUAGAUCAAAUUCAAAUUUAAAUUAAUUAACAAACAGGACUCAUGCUUAAUCAAUUACUACGCUUUAUAAUCUAAAUAAUAAUAAUGCACAUAGUUAUCACGCAAGACAUAAUUCAUCAAGUUCUUUACCGCUAACUGAAAGGGAUCGCACUUUUGCUUAACAGUAGUAAUUUGACCUUCCUUCAUAGAGAUCACUAACAUUAAAUGAAAAAAAUAAUAAAGCACAUACUCUAUCCUAAGGCGGCUUAGAUAAUACCCGCAAUGCCUAAAAUAAUGAAGAUGGGAGUAUUUCUUCAAGAUAACAUUAUAGAGAAUACCCAUCAAAUAUUUAACUAACUUAAAAAAGUGGAUUAAAUUUCAAAAAUAAUACAAUUCUGAAUAUUGCAAAAAAGGAAACAGAUUUAGAAAAAGUAAGUAAAAAAUUAGAAGAUUUGUUAAAAGGAGAAAGCGAAGAUGCCGAUUACGUAUUUUACAAUAACAGUGUUUACUCUUAAUGCCCUCAUAUAUACUCUUAGGCUAAAUAUGUCAUUUUUACAUCAAAUGAAUUUGAAUAAGUAAUGUAAAACAAGGUAUCUGAAAGAGAAACAAUUAUUUCUCAAUAAUAAAAAAUAAAGUAGCUUGAAGAAACGAUUGCUGAUCUCAACAAAAAGUAAUAAUCUCUUCUUGAUUAUCAAUAAGAAAUGCAAUCAAAAAAUAAUUAGCUUUAAGAAAAUAAUGCAACUUUAUUACGUACAUUGGGAAAUAUUUCAACUGAAAAGGCUUCUUAAUAGCUUCGAGAUGGAUAUAAAUUGUAAAAUUACUCAAACUCCAUAAAUUCUAAUUAGAACAAUCCUUAAAAGUCAUCACCAGAAAGUCAAAAAGGUAAUUUAAAAGACAGCAAGAUAUCUAGUUUGUCUUAUAUUGUAGCCAACUAAAACAUUUCCUAAGAUUAAGAAAAAAGACAAGUAAAACUAAGUGUUGUUGGAGACAAAGAAAACCAAUAAAAGCAUAACACUUCUUCAAAUGAACAUAAUAAAUCUGUUAGCUACUCUCAAACAACAACUCAGCUAUAAACACCUAACACUAAGUUAGUUAGUGGAGCUUCUAAGCAAGCUGGAGCAACCUUUGCAACAUCACAAACUAAAAGACAGCAAAAUGGGAUGGGCGAAAGUUAAUAUUUUUCAAAAGAAAGUUCAAACACAUUUAACACUGAGCAUUACACAUCUUGUGACAUAGAAGAAAACAAAUCAACUGAACCUGCUCAUCCUGAUUCUAUGUCUAUCUUAAGGUAAAAAACUGAAGACGACGAAUAAAUAAGCACUAAUAAUUAUUUAAAUAACACAAGAAAUAUAGGAAGUUUGACAAAUUAUUCAAUUUAAAAGAACCUUUAAUAGCAAAAUUAAAAUAAUAAUUCUUCUUACUCACACUCUUAAAAUUAAUAACUUAGCAAUUAAUCUUCUCUUUCAAACUUGCAUAAUCCAUAAAAUUAACAAAACGAAGCAUUCUAUAAUCCUCAUAACUAGAUUUAAGCAUAUUUUAAUUAAGGUUAAAUGAUUUAAAGCCAAAGUGGAAAUAGUAUUUUAGUUAAAAAUAAACCUCCCAUGCAGCCAAAGCAAAAAGGUACUGUUGUUAUCAGAGAUUUCUUAUAGUAGGACAACAUUGCCUUUUAAUAAAAUUUCAAUAAUAACCAAAAUAACAACAAUAAUAGCAAGUAGUUUGAGAACUAAAAGAAAGACCUGCAAAGAAUAAACAGUUGUGAAAUAGAAAUUGAUAGCAAGCAUGCUUCUCAUGGUAAUGGAUGCUCAGUUGAGAGAACUUCGAUGGAUUAAAAGAAACUUUCUGCUACUAAGUUGCUUAAAUCAAAAAUAAUAAUGAACUAAUAAAAUUCUCAAGAAUAAAUUCAGAAAUAAUUGCAAGAAAAACAACACAUUUUAGUUGAAUAACUAUAAAAUUUAACAAAAAAUGAUGAUAUUUCCUAAACGGUUAGCACUAAGCUUAGUUCAUAGAAUAUACAGCAGCUUAAUUAAUCUUAAAAUUAAACUCCUAAUUCAAGUAUUAUUUCGAGCUUGUCUGGAUUAUCAAGCAAUAAUAAUCAUAUUUUAAAAAUUCAGCCUUCAUUUUUGAAAAAUAAGGCUUCAUUGCAUUCUAAUCCACCUACUUAAUAAUAAGUUUAAAGCUCAAAUAAUCAAUUAACUUGCCACCCUAACCACUCAAAGAGUAUUGAUUCAUAUCAAAUGCAGAUCAACAAAAAACAAUAAGAACAAUAAAUUACAGUCCAUUAACCUUCAUUUACUUAGGGAUUAAGAGCUUCAGUUUUGGCUGGAAAAACUAAUAUCUCAUAGCAACAACAUGUUUUAAGCUAAAAAAAUGAUAAUUUGCCAGAAAAGUAAUGUAAAGAUUAAGAAAAUUAGAAUAUUAAAAAAGAUAACAGUUCAAAUUUAUAAAAAAAUGGAGUUAAAAGUGUAAAGCAUUAAGAAAAUGUAAAAAAAUCCAAUUUAAAUUAAAUGAAUUACCACUUGAUAGGGUCUAUUGCUGGAUAAAAUUAGAAUAACUCAAAUGCAAGUGUGACUUACUGCUAAUCAAAUGGUUCUUCUCAGUAAAGUAUGAGUAUAGAAGAAUUUUCCUCCACCUCUUCAAGAUGCAAGAAAGGUUUAUCUUCAUUUUACAUAGCACAAGGCUGCAAUUCGACAAAUGAAUAAUCUCAAAUACCAACUUAGAAAAUCUAAAAGGUAAGUUAAGGUACAAAUAAUAAUGGAGUUAGUGGUGCUAUGAUGACAAGUUUUUCUUAAUAAAUGCAUGACUCUUCUCAUAAAAGUAGCUUUUUGAAUAAUGAAUCUUUUGUUCCUACUGUAAAUAAAACCACUCUAAGCAAAAAUGAUCCAUAAUAGCUAGCUUAAUUAUCUUAGCACAACUCUGUAAAUGAUUCUAAUAAACCUUUGAAAGCUCAACAAUAAUGCUAAUCAUAAAAAAUGGGAUAAACAACCUUACUUCUAAAACAAAUCACUAAAAACUAGCCUCGCUAAAUACAUUAAAUUCAAAAUAGCAAUUAAAAUACAACAAAUAGUUAAAUGCAUUCUAAUGCUAAUAACUAUAUGAAUAACUUUGAUAACUAAUUCAAUAAGCCUGAAAGCAAUUUAAACUCAAAAAAUAAUGCCACCAAAAUAUCUUCAUAUUCUUUAGAUAAAACUUAGAAGAAUACAACAGAAAUACAAAAUAAUCCCUUAUAUAACUUUAAAAUACCUUUUAAUCAUUCAAUGAAUAAGCAAGAAUUAUUAGCCACUAACUUGAGAGCUAACCCAAAUUUAGGACAAACCUAGAUAGUUGGCAAUAAUACAGAAAAAAGAAAAUCAGGUUCUUUGACAUAAAGAGGAUCUGACUAUAAUGACAAGCCAUUCGACUUAAAGGGUCAUAUCCUUUAAAGUUAAAGAGAACGCAGCGAAAAAUCCAUACCUGUAUACAGCUAAAAAGAAAACAAAAAUAUUAUUGAUAAUCAGAAGAAAACACUUGAAAAAAGAACUAAACAUACAAAUUCAGUCCCAUAAUUCUCAUCAUAAAGCAUAUUAAAUAAGCCAGAUACCUCUAAAGAAAUUUAAUAAAAUUAGUUUUAAGAAAUAAAGGGCAAUAAAGAAUUUGAUUCAAAAUUUACUUAAAUUAGGCCUUCGAGUGUUAAUUCAGGUCUUCUUAGGCAUUUCACAAGUUUAAAUGACUAACUUGAAAGUCAGGAUAAACCUUUAAAUAUUGCCUAAAACUAAUAAGAAGUUAAACAAUAAAUCAUGACUGAAAGAAUUGAAAGAAACACAUAAAUGAACUACAAAGAUAACAACCAUAGCAAUGAAGUUAUUAAUUAAACCUAAGGUAGAUUUAGAAGUUUAUCAAAAUAAGGUAGCACAACAGUAUAAAUGAGUGAUAAAAUGAAUGGAGAUCAAGAAUGCAACAUAUUUUGA